UAUUAUUUCCACCAAGAACCAUAAUAAAAAUAAUAUCAAGAAUCCAAUUACACAGUUGUAUUUAUUUAUAAAUAUAAAUGAAGAAGAAGUGCGACAAAUUGUGUCAUUACAGCAAAAACAUUAAACAAAACCCCUCUUCGUUGGCACAACAAAAUCCCAAAUAUCAGAAUUUUCUUCAUCUUUUUUAAAUCAACAAAGAGGGGUUCAUCUGCACCACCCACCAAACAAUUCAACUGCAUUGUUUCCCGGUGCCACUAAGGGUUUGUUCUUGGGGUUUGGAAGAAAAAAGAUUGAAUUUUUCGUUGUGUUUUUUGAAGAAAAGAAGGGGGAAAUUUGUGGGAAGUGAAGAAAGAUAAGGGGGUUAAGAGAGAGUGUGAUUUAGUGGUGAUCAGGUCUUCAGUGUGUGGAAGAAGAUCUGAAGAAAUAUGAGUGCUUCAAGGUUCAUAAAGUGUGUUACUGUUGGUGAUGGGGCUGUUGGAAAGACUUGUUUGUUGAUAUCUUACACUAGUAACACUUUCCCCACGGAUUACGUCCCAACGGUAUUUGAUAAUUUCAGCGCUAAUGUAGUUGUCAACGGAAGCACGGUUAAUCUAGGCUUGUGGGACACUGCUGGACAGGAGGACUAUAACAGAUUAAGACCGUUGAGUUAUCGUGGUGCCGAUGUUUUCAUUUUGGCGUUCUCACUCAUUAGCAAGGCCAGCUAUGAAAACGUCUCCAAGAAGUGGAUUCCCGAAUUGAAGCAUUAUGCCCCUGGUGUCCCAAUCGUUCUUGUUGGGACGAAACUCGAUCUUCGGGAUGAUAAGCAGUUCUUUGUAGAUCACCCUGGUGCAACUCCCAUCACUACUGCUCAGGGAGAGGAAUUAAAGAAGACAAUUGGUGCUCCUGAGUACAUUGAAUGUAGUUCAAAGACACAGUUGAAUGUGAAGCAAGUAUUUGAUGCGGCCAUUAAAGUGGUUCUGCAGCCUCCAAAGGCGAAGAAAAAGAAGGGAAAGGCCCAAAAAGCAUGUUCGAUAUUGUGAUCAAGAAGAUGAAUACCGGUUGUAUUUCACUGUUGUCCACACUUAUCUUGUCUUGAAUUCAAUUUCAUAUGUUUGUUGAUUUUGUUGUAUUUUGAUCUUUAAGUACUUGAAGAUCUUGGUGUACUAAUACUGUAUCUUGGUCAAAAAUUUGUAUUUUAAUGCUCGUUAUUGUUUGUGGUU